CUCUGUCUUCGCCGUUCUCCCCGGGCAGCUGGGUGCUGAGUCACCCCGCGGCCAGGCCGUAGAGCUGCCGUCCCGGCAGAUAAAGGCAUGCCUGAAGCGAGGGUGUUUCGGAGAGUGCGUUGAGUUUGGGAGGCCGGAGGCUUGCUGCUGUGUUCAUCCGACCCUACAUUUCAGAUCUGCUUGGUAAACCUGGUGUACCACCAUGCUAGCUUCAAGACUUGUGUGUCUUCGGAUACUCCCUUCCAGGGUUUUCCACCCAACUUUCACCAAGGCCUCCCCUGUUGUGAAGAACUCCAUCACAAAGAAUCAAUGGCUCUUAACACCUAGCAGGGAAUAUGCUACCAAGACAAGAAUUGGGGUCCGGCGUGGAAGAACUGGCCAAGAACUCAAGGAGGCAGCAUUGGAACCAUCGAUGGAAAAAAUAUUUAAAAUUGACCAGAUGGGAAGAUGGUUUAUUGCUGGUGGGGCUGCUGUUGGUCUUGGAGCACUGUGCUACUAUGGCCUGGGAAUGUCUAAUGAGAUUGGAGCUAUUGAAAAGGCAGUAAUUUGGCCUCAGUAUGUGAAGGAUAGAAUUCAUUCUACAUAUAUGUACUUAGCAGGAAGUAUUGGUUUAACAGCUUUGUCUGCUCUGGCAGUAAGCAGAUCUCCUGUUCUCAUGAACUUCAUGAUGAGAGGCUCUUGGGUGACAAUUGGUGCAACCUUUGUGGCCAUGAUUGGAGCUGGAAUGCUGGUACAAUCAAUACCGUAUGACCAGAGCCCAGGCCCAAAGCAUCUUGCUUGGUUACUACAUUCUGGUGUGAUGGGUGCAGUGGCAGCUCCUCUGACGGUAUUAGGGGGGCCUCUUCUCAUCAGAGCUGCAUGGUACACAGCAGGCAUUGUGGGAGGCCUCUCCACUGUGGCCAUGUGCGCACCAAGUGAGAAGUUUCUGAACAUGGGCGCACCCCUGGGAGUUGGCCUGGGUCUCGUCUUUGUGUCCUCACUGGGAUCUCUGUUUCUUCCACCUACCACUGUGGCUGGUGUCACUCUGUACUCAGUGGCAAUUUAUGGUGGAUUAGCUCUUUUCAGCAUGUUCCUUCUAUAUGAUACACAGAAAGUAAUCAAGCGUGCAGAGGUAGUACCAAUGUAUGGAGUUCAAAAAUACGACCCCAUCAAUUCGAUGCUGGGAAUCUACAUGGAUACACUAAACAUAUUUAUGCGAGUUGCCAGUAUUCUAGCAACUGGAGGCAACAGAAAGAAGUGAAAUGAUUCAGCUUCUGACUCCUUUAAAAAAUCAGAUACCUUUCUUAUUGAAUAAGGUCAGAUAUUCAUUAAAUAGGUGAUACAAGCAUCUUUUGUUGACGUUUAGAAGAUAAGAACUUGUCACCACCAUGUUUCAAAUGUUCUGGUAAUGUGAUGCUUCGGGUCUCCUUUUUCUUCUCAAGAAUAAAUUGAGUGGUUCUCUUCCAAAUAAGCACAUACAUUUCCAUUUUGCAUGUUUGAGUAAUUCUAAAAUGUUUUAAUGAAUGUGAAAACUAAGGUUUGUAUUGUGAAACAUUAAGUGUUCUAUUUUAAAAUGUAUUUGUUUAAGGGAAAAUUAGCAAACUGUGUUUACCUGCAUAGUUUUUGAAAUGCAGAGUGUUAACAAGUUAAUGUCCUAAGUGAUACAGAGGUUUGGUAAAGUGACCAGAGAGAAGUAAAGGUUCACCUGAAAUCUUUCUUUGAAUACUUAGCCCUUGUGUGAUUGGUGGUUAGCCAGUGAGAGGGUCUGGCUGUUUGGAAGCAAACAAGUCAGCUUUGUUUUUGAUAUUUGUCUGCUUAACAUACCAAAGCAUUGAGCAUAAAACAAAGACAUGGGUGGUUCAUUCUCCUACUGUUCCUUCUCAGUGUUCUCUUUAUGACAUAGAUGUGGUCAUAUUUGGUUUCUCAUUAUUUGACAUUGUUAGGACAGUCCAGAAUGUAUUAUGUUCUACGGAGAAUUCCUAAUAUAUAUAUAUAUAUAUACACACACAUAUACAUAUAUAAAUGUGUGUAAGUUUUACUUUUGAGUCUUCUGAAUAAAAUAUCCUUAAAACUAAUCUCAGGAUAAAAUGUGCAAGGCAUGAAAGUUGUUGCAUUUCUAAGUACAAAAACAGUAUGUUCAGAAUCUGGGUUUUUUUUGCAUAUUUAUUGAACUUUUAAAUAGAAUACAUGCUUGCCUUUCCAUCUUUUCAAGCUCUGAUGCUUUUAUCAGAAAAACUCUUCAGACUUGUUUUCUUACGUUCCUUCUCAGACUAAGCACUAAAAAAGAAGGCAAAGCCAGCUUUCUUCAUAAGCUGUAUCAUUCAAAAACAUGCUUUAUUUUUGUUCCUCCUAGCAGAAUUUUCCUUAUCUCUUACACAGACCACUACUUAACUCCCUUGUGACAUUUGUAAGUUUUUUUAUAAUGGAAGAGUUGUUUUUGGAAGUUUUUAAUGAAGUGUAUAUGAUUAUUGAGACUAUUGGUGUUUUUGACAAAUACUUACUACAGUGAUCCAGAAAUAACUAUUCUAACCACCUCAAAUUACAUAGGAUGCUUAUUUCUGAAAUAAAGGUUCUAACCAGA